AUGGAGGAUGUGAAGCUACACGGAUUCUGGAGCAGCUCAUUUUGUUACAGAGUGAUAUGGGCACUCAAACUGAAGGGUGUGAAUUAUGAGUACAUAGAAGAAAACCUUCUUAAUAAGAGUGAAUUGUUGUUACAGUACAACCCAGUUUACAAGAAGGUUCCAGUGCUCGUUCAUCGUGGUAAACCAAUUGUUGAUUCCCUGAUAAUCCUCGAGUACAUCGAAGAAACAUGGCCUGAAAAUCCAUUGCUGCCAAUUGAUGCUUAUGAAAGAGCUCAAUGUCGGUUUUGGAUUGAAUUUAUAGCAGGAAAGCAUUCGAGCUUCCAUUCCAUAUUGGACAAAACCGGAGAAGAGCAAGAGAAGGCGAUAAACGAGACAAAGGAAGCACUGAAAAUAGUAGAAGAGCAGGCACUUGGGAACGAUAACAAGUAUUUUGGUGGCAAAAGUAUCAACAUGGUAGACAUCUGCUAUGGAUUUUUAGGACGUUGGUUUGAGGUAAUGGAACAAGCAGUAGGCAUAAAAUUGAUGGAUCCAAAUACUUUUCCUCGCUUGCAUGCUUGGAUUACGAAUUUCAAUCAAAUUCCGAUUAUCAAAGAAAACCUUCCGAAUCAUGAUAAAAUGCUAGCUUUCUUCACAUAUUUGAGGAUGAAAUUUGCAGCACAAGGUUAA